AUGAGUAACAUAGAAGCACAUUCAGAAUCUUUUCAGCGGACUGAGUGGAAAAACCUCAAGGCUUCAGUUGACAAAAUUGUCGAAGCAUUGACCAGGAAUAACAUCAAGGAAUCAGCAAUCAAGCUAUUUAAUCUCAAUAUUUACCGUGGACAAGGAUACAUUGUUCGUUCUUUCAUGAAAUCACAAUUGACUCGAGAUAAACAGCACACCAAAGUGUUGGCUAGUUUGGCGGCAGUUAUCAAUUCCAAGUUCCCUGAAGUUGGUCAGAUUCUUAUAUCUCGUCUUGUUGUGCUCUUUCGGAAAAGUUUCGUCAACAACGAUAAGCCUAAUGUGACUCGUUCGACCCACUUUCUCGUCCACUUGAUGAACCAAUAUGUUUGCAGCGAUAUUGUAAUCCUUCAAAUUCUCCAAUUGCUUUUGGAAAAUCCUACAAACAAUUCCGUUCGUGCUGCUACUUCUAUAAUGACUGAAGGUGGACACUUUUUAGUUCAACACGCUGCCAAUGCCAGUGCUAUGAUUUUCGAUCGACUUCGAUCAUUUCUUCAAGAUCCCAACUCCCAGCUUGAUGGAUCUGUUCUUCAUGACAUCGACUUGUUGCUACGAGAGCGCCGUCAUAGGUUCAGCCGUUAUCCUGCUGUAACGCCUGAUCUCGACUUGGUAGAGGAAGAAGACCGAGAGACCCACACUUUAAUAUUAGACGAAACAAUAGAAACUCACGAUGAAUUGAAUAGCUUCAAGUUUGACGAAAAUUGGCAAGAAGAAGAAAACAGAUAUAAAGAAGAAUUGAGAGAGAUUCUCGGAGAUUCUGACGAAGUUGCGGUUGCACCGGUGCCAAAAGAAGAACCAGAAAAGACCGAUAAAACCAUUGAUAUGACCAAUUCCGAUCUUAUUAAUUUCCAAAAAACGGUAUAUUUGACAAUAAUGGGGAGCAUGUCAUCUGAUGAAGCGGUACACAAGCUUUUGAAGCUCAGUUACAAGAACAAUAGUGAUGUUUCCAAAGACGAAGUACUUGCAGAUAUGGUGAUAAAAUGUGGAAGUGAAGAAAAGACAUACUCAAAGUACAUUGGGAUAAUAGGAGAGAAGCUCUGUUCCAAGAGUCGUAGAUGGCAAGUUGUGUUUGUAAGGCUUUUCAAACAAUAUUAUGAAAAGAUACACCAGUUCAACACCAAUGCGGUUCGCAACAUUGGCAAGUUAUUUGGCCAUCUAUUUGCCUGUGGAAUCUUGCCUAUAGAAGAGUGCUGGGACACCAUUGAGAUGACUGAGGACGGUACAACAUCUGCGGGACGGAUAUUCAUCAAGUUUGUUUUCCAAGAGUUGGUGGAAGAAGUGGGUAUCGGUGAGUUGGUUGAGAUGGUGGAAGCAGAAAAUGUGCAGUCGAAAAUCCAAGGUAUGUUUCCAACAUCUCCUCAAGAGAUGAGAGAUGCCGAGCAUGUACGUUUCUCCAUCAACUACUUUACGGCAAUUGGACUCGGACGACUCACAGAACAGAUGAGAAGUGCAUUGAAGAGACUCGAACUGGAGCCUCGAGGCAGAAAGCGAGAGAGAAGAGGAAGUGAAAGUAGUGACAGUGGAAGUUAUAGUCGAAGCAGCAGCUAUAGCCGGAGUCGAGGUGCGAGCUAUAGUCGAAGUGCGAGUGGGAGUCGGAGUCGGAGUCGAAGUCGAAGUCGAAGCAGAAGCCAGAGCGGAAGUCGCAACGGAAGCCCGAGUCGCAGCCAAAACGGCCGCGGUGACAUGGCGCGCCGCACCAGCCGCACCCACAGCAACCUCGAGGAAUCAGCGAUGAGCGAACAAAAUAGACAUCGCCGCCAAGCGUUCAAUGAAGGACCUGCUCCGUACGGAAUUGACCCCAAGAGAAGACACACUUAG